AGCAACGAGGAAGGAAGACACACUGAAGCAGAGACAGAGGACGAGAGAGCAGGCGGGUGGAGGGCGAGCAGCAGAAGAGGAACAAACAGAAGAAGAGCGAGGGUCUGACAUGAGAGCAGAGGAGUAAACUGUCUGCAGACAUGUCCUCCCGGGCUGAGAGUAAGACAGCCUCCCAGAUUGCAUAUCUCACCAUGAGGUUGAAGGAUAAGCUCCACCCACAGCGGACGAGACGUCCUGUCAAACUCACCCCAUCAUUGAGAGUCAAACCACCUGACCUGAACCUGCAGCAGCCCCAGUCGUCAGGUGUGUUCGGGGACCAGCAGCGGGCCGUGGUCAGCUCCCUGCAGUACUUUAAGGCUCUGGUGGACCGACUGGGUGUUGACAAACCUGGCGUGGACAAACCGGUCCUGAACCAGUCUGUGGUCAGUGGUCUGCUGGGCGGGGCUUCUGGGGGGGUCCUGGAGGCGAUCCAGACUCUGGUCCAGCUGGAGCCUCGCCUACACAGCAGUAAGACGGUCGCUGCCUGUCUUGCUCGCCUCUACCGCUCUCUGGCUCAGCUGAUUCACUGGACCGAUCAGGUGAUGUUGCAGAGCGUCUCACACGACAACAAGGAGUCGACAGAGAGCGUUACCAAAGUGAUCAGGACCUUGCUGGACAACGUCAAGGAACUGGUUCGAUUGGUUGCAGAGAGACAAGAAGGCUCCGCCCCCCUGUCACCUGUCCAGCCAGAGUCAUCAGGGUUUGAUGAGCAGGCAAUAUCGACCUGCAGGAAUCCUGCUGAUGAGAAGGACAAGAAUAUGGGGGUGGAGCCAACGAAGAGAGAGGAGGAGCAAAUACUUUCAGCUCCUCCCAAACCUCCUAUGCCCAUCCCAGAGUCGCUAACUCAGGUGACCCCCCAGCUGGGACAGAGUCCUCCAGCUCUGCCUCCCAAAAAGCGCCAAUCAACAUUAAGCCCCACCCCCUGCAGGGUUGCCAUAGUGGCACCAAUGAGAAGAGAGACUGAAACAGAAACACCAGCUGAACAGGACGACGACUGUUUGAAAAGAUGCUCCAUUUCCUCUGCCGAAUGUUUUCCUCAGAACGAACACACAGAGGACGAUCCAGACUAUGCCUUCCUCGACACAGAUCAGUCCUCCUCAGAGACGCUCCCCCCUCUCCCUGGUUCCUCCUGUCUCCCUCCUGCCCUGCCGGAGAAGAGGCGAUGCAGCACCACAGGUAACACAAGCUCCCAGACUCAGCCGUGCUUUGGGUUCGGUUCUGCCCCUGAGGACCAGUGUGAUGACAGCACAGGCCCAGAUGAACCUGUCUCCUCCCCUUUGUCCCCCAGCAAGACACCCCCUCCCCUCCCUGAGAAGAAACGACACAUCCACGAGUACCUUCAGUUCUGUUCGUCCUACAGCGAUCAGUCCCCCCUCAUGUUCUAUCAGAGGCCUCCAGGUUUCAGUCAGAGAUACAACAGCCGACAUCGAGAGCUCGACACCUCCUACCAGCUCUCUCACGCACAUCUGGACACACAGCUGGACGCAGACUUCACUCCCUCACCUGAGCUGGUUCCUGCUCCGAUUCUACCACCGAAGAAGAAGCAGCAGGACUCAGCUGACAGGCCGGCUGAAGAGGGCGGAGACAGUUCCCAGAGCGUCCAGCAGGGGGCGGAGCGUGACAGGAGAAGCAGCACGGAGGAGCAGGAGGAGGUGUUACUGACUGACAAGAAGAAGAUUCGCUGCAGAAUCACCAUGAAGUCUGAGGAGGAGGAGGGGCCUGAUGUAAAGGCGGCCUCACCUGAUGUCCUAUUGGUCUAUGCUACGGGGACCAGCAGCAGAGACCAGGACCUGUACCGUGACGCUUUCCUCUGCACCUACAGGAGCUUCAUCAGUCCAAACGAUGUCAUCAGCAAACUCCAGCACAGGUACAGACACCUGUGUGGCAGACGGGAACAUGCAGACCUGACAGCUGCCAAAAACACGUUCCACCUGCUGGUGGGCGUGGUGGACGAACUAUGCGCGAUAGAGCUCGACUCUGAUGUGCUUCUGCUACUGAUGGACUUGGUGUUCAGCCUUCUGAUUGGUGGAGAGCUGGGACCGGCCCACCAGCUGCGCUCCAACAUCCUGUCAAAGAUGGAGAAGAGGUGGAAGCUAAUUGGCUCACCUCAGUCACUCCGUCCACUUGCUGCCAAGGGUGUGGCUGCCAGGCCGGGAACUCUGCUGGACUUCAGGAGUCAGGAUUUAGCUGAACAGCUGACUCUGCUGGAUGCUGAACUCUUCACAAAGAUUGAGCUUCCAGAGGUGUUGCUGUGGUCAAAGGAGCAGAAUGAGGAGAAGAGUCCCAACCUGACAGAGUUCACUCAACACUUCAACAGCGUCUCCUUCUGGGUUCGUUCCGUCAUCAUCCUUCAGGACAAACCUCACGACAGAGAGAGGCUGCUGCUGAAGUUCCUGAAGAUCAUGAAGCACCUGAGGAAGCUCAAUAACUUUAACUCGUACCUGUCAAUCCUGUCAGCGCUGGACUCCGCCCCUCUGCGACGCCUGGACUGGCAGAAAAGCACCUCAGAGGCUCUGGAGGAGUUCAGCACCUUGAUCGACAGUUCAUCCUCUUUCAGAGCCUACCGAGCAGCUCUGGCUGAAGUAGAGCCUCCCUGUAUACCCUACCUGGGUUUGAUUCUGCAGGACUUGACUUUUGUCCACCUUGGGAAUCCCGACACUUUGAUGACAUCACAGGGUUCAAAGGUUAACUUCUCCAAACGCUGGCAGCAGUUUAACAUCCUGGACACCCUGAGGAGCUACCAGCAAGUGAGCUACUCUCUGCUGCCCGAUGAUGACAUCAUUUCCUUCUUUAACGACUUCAGCGAUCACCUGGCUGAGGAGGCGCUGUGGGAGCUCUCUCUCAAGAUCCGCCCAAAGAACACUCCUCGAGCCAAUCAGAGAUGAGCUUUGGUGAAGGCGCAGAGGGUCACGCAGCUAAUCGGCUGCACCUGUUCUGAUGCUAACAUGCUGUAACACAGAGAACUGAACCGGUGCCAAACCGGGGGCCGAGGCCCGAGAGCGUGACAUUACUGGCACAGACACAUGCAGGGUAAAACCUGCAGACAUUUUACUACCGGACCUUUGCUAUUUGCAGGCAGAGGUUUCCCUCCCUCGCUCCUGUUAACAGAAACAUAUUCAGAUUCAGGUCCGGCACCCACAGAUGGAUCAGAGACUUCCAGAUUUUGCUGAAGGAAGAAAAACUGCAUCCAAACAUCCAUGAAACAUCACUGCUGACCUGCCAGUCAACUCACCUGCCCUUACCUGAUGGUGGAAACCUCACCUCAGCACCGUGUCUUCAAGGCCACAAAAAUUAGUUAAUCAUUAAAGCUGAUCCCACCUGACCAUCUCGGGAAUUCCAGUGGAAAGAUUCCCUGCUUAGUAGGAAUGAUGCAAAAUUUCAGCUCCUUUUAAGGGACGAGGGUCCGAUUGUUUUAGAUGUUUUUCUAGCACCGUUUUCUGAUCUGUAUUUAAACACAUCACGCUCGGUCCUUCAGGUGUCCGAGAGUAACUGUGGGUCUGUGGGUCUGGACUCUGAGGGUGACUGUGGGUCUGUGGGUCUGGACUCUGAGGGUGACUGUGGGUCUACUCUGUGUCCUCUACUUUUUAAUUCAGUUUUAUUUAUAAGGAGGCUCUGGAGGUCCCCACAGAUGCACGUAAACCUGUAUCAGUUCAUCGACCUCAGACACACACCGUGUGGUUGAACUGAAGGCUUUGUUUCUAUUGGCCACGUGAAGGUACGUUACAGCAUGCAGGGGUCAAAGUUCAAGUCUGCGGCAUGCGCGAGUACUCCGCUGCCGUGCUUGGUGCUUUGCUCGGCGUAGCGGUAAACCGUUAUUGCGCUGCGUCCGGCCACACUUCGAUGAACGCAUCGAGAACAACCUUCAGUAUCUUGGCACGCUGACUGGAGCAGCCAGGGAUCAAACCAUCAUCUAUGAUUAGCAGAUGACGUGCUCCACCUCCUGAGCUAUGCCACCACCAUCAUGGAUGAUGAUGAAGGAGGUGAGAUCCUGUUGCUGGACUGAGGUGGAGCAUGAAGGCAAUCCAUGAACUUGUGAUGAUGGUUCAUGGUGUCUGAAGAACAUCAGCCUGCAGCUGCAUGCUGACGCGUUUGUAAUGCGUGACAGUUUCAGCUGCUUUUAGAGAAGAUUCAGUCGUGCUUUCUACAGACGUCCAGCUGCUACAGAUCACACAUCCUCCAUCAUCAUCGUCAGUCUGAGCUCACCUGAGCUCCACAUCCUCAGCAGCCAAUUUACCCUCCAACACCUGAGCAGCGAUGCUAAAACGUCUGAGGGUACAAGAUGAUUUCUCUAAACAUACAUGAAUAUGGAAAAUCACCAGCUCACACAGUAACACUGUGGGGGUGUCACAGCUGGUCACAUGAUCUGUUUCCAACUCACAGCCACGGAGACGCCGUUCAUCGUCCCACAUCAAACACACCUGUACAGGAAACAGGAAGCAUCAUACAGACACACCUGUAUGAAUAUUACACAUGACUGAUAAAUAUGUUCUUUAUUUAUUCUUUUUUUAUUUUGCCCGUGUAUAUAACCAGCAGCAGCAGUGCGUCUGUUCACUUUAAAUAACACAAUCUUAUUAUAGCGCCGACCUGCCGACCAUUCUCUGAAUGACCAACUGAUCGAUGGUGAGCUGAACGAACGCCGAUUAGAGCCACCGAUUAAUGAAACAUUCAUCUAUAAGAUGUGGUCCAGCGCUAACUUCAUGGACUGUGGAGACUUUUUGUUUACAUGUAAUUUUGACAGAAAUGAACAGUUGGCGUAUUAAACAGCUGCAUCAGAUUCUGCUCAUCAUCAGCGCCUCCACAAGACGACAAAAUACCGACGUGGGCAGGAUCGAGAAACCCUCAUUCACCUGGAAGCUGGCCCAAGAGGUCAAAGUUCACAUUUCUUCACACCGCAAUCGUUGCGACACCUCAGGUUCAUCUGAUUGACACGUGGUCGAGCAGGGGGUGGAGUCUGCAGCAGUGGCUCUCACCUCUUGGCUCAGAGAGCUGCAGGUGAGGUCGGCCGGGCGGCGGCACUGAACACUGACCGCCACAACAUCUCCAAGACUCUGGACUGAAGGUCAUCGAGGUCAAACUUUCAGAAAAAAGACUGAUGAGAUAAGUCUACAUCAAUCUGCAUGAUGAACAAAGUCACGAGAUGGAAACAACGGUGUGAUGAAAGCAUGCUCACGUGGACGCUGCGCUCUCGUCACUGAUGCUACGAACAUGGUUACUGUUUGAAUAAACGAGCUGUUUGUCAGGCUCAGGGAGGAAGACGGGAUGAAGACAUGCUGUGGAAGAGAGACAGAUUAAUAAC